AUGGCCGCUUACGAAAAUAAAACAACCCGCCAGCCACCGGUCACUGGUAAAAAAUGGCGUUCGUUAACCCCGCAAGAUCGUCGGCCCUACGUAGAGGAAGCUGAACGUCUACGAGUGAUUCAUAUGACGGAACAUCCGAACUAUAAAUACAGACCACGGAGGCGAAAGCAGAACAAGGCGAGGCCGAACCAGCCCUCCGCGCCAGCUAGUGCGCCGCCGUCCGCGACAACUGCCUUAGGAUCUCCGUACGCAACGGCCACUGAUUCGCCAGAUACUCGCUUCUCUCAUAACCCUGGAGCCGGCUUUUCCCCGUACCGAACCUCACCCCUUGCAUCUGACUACCAAACAAACCAAUAUAAUGGCCACGUUCAAACUCCCGAAUCUUCGCCAGCUCGCUCCCCUGAGCCUCAAGGAAGACGGAGCGCACCGGCCGAUGGUGCUCCAGGCAUCGGCACUCCUGACGCGUCUCCUGUAGAGAACGAAAAAGAAAAUUUCCAGUACGAAGAACGGCGGAGGGCGAUCAAUGCUUCGUCUCUUUCUGAAUCAUAUUCGUACAAGUCCUUCAGAUCGACAGGUUCGUUUUCGCCAGCGCCAGUCGCCGCAAUGGGCAUGGCGAAUGGGAUGUAUGUGAUGUGUGCUCAGAGAUCUUUAGCUGAACAGCCGCCCCUUGUCACUGGAACAUUCUUCCCGCCAGUUGCAACCUCGCAGGACCAGCAAACACUUGGCGCAACCGCUCCUAGAGUGUCUUCCGCACCGAGCGGUCCGAUGACAACUGAGUACAGUAUUCAGUACCAUCCCUACGAACAGUAUGAGCAGAUGUACAAAACUGAAGAUUCCUAUGUCUCUCAUUACCCGGAGCAACCGAAAACCGAAUACGAUACUAGUGGAACUUACUUCGCAGAGGAACCGCCGAAUCAGGCGCAAGAUAACGAGCAAGGCUUCAUUCCGCGUUCGGAAAUCCGCACCGGCUCCCCGGAAUCUGAUGUAGAUGCGCGGGAGUUUGAUAAAUACUUGGAGUAUAACGCCGAGGGCAUGGAGCAACAUCAGCAAUACCGAUAUGAACAACAACAAUAUAGGCCGUAUUGCCCGGAGCAACCCCCAGCCCAAGAAUAUUGUACGGAGAGGAUGUACCCCUCUCCGUACGCGUCGGUGAUAGCGGGGACUCCCCCGUCGGGGCCUUACCCCCCGGCUGCUCCAGGUAUAACUGAUGCUCGUCCUGAUGAUGAAUUCAGCGUAAUCUUAGCUGGAGUAAGGCAGACUUGUUACAGCAAUUGA